GCCAAGCUACAGCAAGAAGAGAAAGAAAACUCUUCUUCUUCCUUCCUCCAUUGUUGAAGAGAGCUCAUCAAAGAAGAAUCACCCAAAAAGGAGCUAAAGUGCUAAAAGUGUGAAAUAAUUAAGGCACUUGUAAAGGGUAUUUCAAGUGAUUUCACAAAGUUGGAAAAGUCGCCGGAGUUGUCGCCGGAGUUGACCAAAAGUCGCCGGAGUUUCACCGGAGUUCAACCAAGAAGGGUGGAACUUCAUAACACUAGUUCAAGGUUGAAGCUAGGGCUUGCUACUUGCACCUUCUCACGGGUGGUAUCAAAUCAGGAAGACGUGAAAUGGAGGGCAGGCGAAUGCGAACCAGGAACAAUCCGAGGGGGCAGACGCCGGUAGCAUCCCAAAGGGGGAGCCGGGCUGCAUCUCGGGGUUCAAGAGGAGGCCGUGGAGGCCGUGGAAGCCGUGGAGGUCACCAAGCUCAAACUGUGAGUGAGGGCCAUGUAAGCUCGGUGUAUGAAACUGAUAAGUCCAUUUUUGAACUUAUUUUUCUUAUCAAAUUUAAGCGAUUUUUGAAUGAAAAUAGAAAGAAAAGACACAUUUUAUAUAUUUUGGUUCAAGUUUCAUGAAAUCAGGUAAAAAUCAUAUCCAUAAUAUGUUUAGCGGGAUUUCGGGUCAAUUGAGCACAAAAUGAGUCAAUUUGAGUGACAAAUGCAUUUAUACCGGAAGAAGCAAGCAUUUUAUCAAGGUGAUUCAGAAGACAAAAAUGAAGAGCAGGAAAAGCCGCAUCUGCCAGACAAAAAUAGCAGAAGGCGCCCAAAUAGGCGCCCAAAAUGGAGGCCUUCGCGGCCGCCUACGGGAAAAAUAAGAAGUCAACCUCGCUUUGACUCGGGACCAGGAAAAGACCGAAGGCUACCGACACUGGACAGAAGGCGGCCGCCUACGGUGGCCGCCUGCGGCACAAGGGGACGAAACCAACCACCGGUCGGCCAGACAGGACGGCAGGCGGCCAGACAGGACGGCAGGCGGCCGCCUGCUGGACCGCCUGCGGCGGCCGGGAUCCGCCGGGAUCCGCCGCGAUCCGAUUUGACCAUGAAAAGACGGCAGGCGGCCGACGUGUGGCGGAAGGCGGCCGCCCUCUGUGGCCGCCUACGGCUGACGGGGACCGGCCACCGACCGCUGUCGGCGACGAGGACGGCAGGCGGCCGGAGAGAGGCGGAAGGCGGCCGCCUGUUUGGCCGCCUUCGGGGAAAUUUCUGCUAUAAAUUGCCCGAUUUUUCCUCAACUCAAACACACCAAUUUCAAGCCCAAAUCAGAUCAAAAAGGGCGUCUUCUUCCUCCUCAAAGCUCGGAUUUCCACCAUUGUUGCACCUUCAACUUCAAUCUUUCAUAUCUUUCUCAUUUUAGCUCCAAAUUGUGAGUUCUUUAUAUGUAUUUUCAUCC